CGGGUUGCAGCAUGACUCUGUGGAACGGUGUGCUGCCCUUCUACCCUCAGCCCCGGCAUGCUGCCGGCAUCAGCGUCCCGCUACUCAUUGUCAUUCUGGUGUUCUUGGCCUUGGCUGCCAGCUUCCUACUCAUCUUACCCGGGAUUCGUGGCCACUCGCGCUGGUUCUGGUUGGUGAGAGUUCUCCUCAGCCUGUUCAUAGGAGCAGAAAUUGUGGCGGUACGCUUCAGCACAGAAUGGUCAGUGGGCAGAGUUAGCACCGAUACAUCCUACAAGGCCUUCAGUGCGGCACGCGUCCGAGCCCACGUCGGUCUGCACGUGGGCCUGGAGGGCGUUAAUGUUACACUCACAGGGAACCCAGUGCAGCAGUUGAACGAGACCAUCGACUACAACGAGCAGUUCAUUUGGCGGAUCGGCGAAAACUAUGCUGGGGCGUACACGGAGGCAUUGCAGAAGGGGCUGCCGGAUCCAGUUCUCUAUCUGGCGGAGAAGUUCACUCCGAGCAGCCCCUGCGGGGUUUACCGCCAAUACCGCUUGGCGGGACACUACGCCUCGGCCACGCUGUGGGUGGCGUUCUGCUUCUGGCUCCUCUCCAACGUGCUGCUCUCCAUGCCGGUCCCGCACUACGGAGGCCUGGCUCUUCUGAUCACAGGCGCCUUCGCACUCUUCUCCGUCUUCGCCUUCGCCUCCAUCUCCAGCGUGUCUCUCUGCCAGCUCCGCCUUGGCUCCUCCGAGCUCACCACUCACUACGGUGCCGCCUUUUGGAUCACGCUGGCCACGGGCAUCCUGUGCCUCCUCCUCGGAGCUGCGGUGCUGAGUCUCCACUACGCUCGGACCAGCGCUCUUCGCACCUUCUUGGAUGCAAGCGUCAAGGGCCUCGAAAGUCAGGCGAAAGGGAGCUCUCCUCUCAUCCUCAACAACCCACUGCAUAAGCAGUUCUGGGACUCAGACUUAACCAUCAGUACUAACCUGUGAAAGGGACUCAACCUCGGACUCCUACUCUGCCUUGGUCCCCCGCAGGCCGGGGAGCAGUGCCCACCGGGCCUGGGGAGCUCCGGGAGGGCACUGCGCUGGGGGCGCGGGGGAAAAGGGCCAGUGGCCUCAGAUGUGCCGCCUGCACCCAGGAAAGAGUCUCCCAGGGUGAGCUGUAAAUAAACUUUCUUCUUUUUUCUUUUU